AAUAGUCAAGAUAGGAAUUCAGUUCGUUAUUAUCUUCUAUUCCGAGCCCGUGACAAUGACCUAUAAUAUCUUUGGGGUGCAGAAGAUAAUGAACUGGCCUGGUAAUUCCCCUGAUCUAAAUGCUAUAGAAGCAGCCUGGCCAUGGCUAAAGCGACGAACUACCUCCCAGCGCCUAGUACGCCAUAUCCAGGAGGUUAUUAAGCAUGAGGGAGGUAAUGAAUAUAAGGAAGGGACUACGGGCCAUGAUAAUAGGGUGUGGAAGGGGAAGAUGCGAAAGGGAGAGCUCUCUAGGCGUCAGGAUCUAGGAGAUGGCCCCCUCUUUUAAAUCAUCUCAAGGAGGUUCUCUAUGGGCAGCAAUAGCUUCAUUUUG